AGCACAGGCAAUGAGACCAGCAGCAGUUCAGCUGCAUUUCAGGACGAUGCCGUCGAAAUUGAAGAAAAUUACGAAUACGUGGAUGCUAUGCUGUUGAGUGCCGAAUCAAAUGCCAAAACAGAACCUGCAUCGAGUACACGCGCAUCCCAGGGCAGCUCUUUUCAAACUAGUUUUGCGCAGUAUUUAAAUAAGCAUGAGUUGAAAGAUUCUGAAGAAAAAAUUGAUUAUGGUUUCAUCUUAUGCAUUUACUGUAAGGCCAAAUUUAAAAGCGAUACUGGUCUACAUAACCAUAUCGUCAGGAAACAUCCAGAAUUUAUGGCAACUGUUACCAGAAGGAUUCAUGAAUGUAAAAUGUGCAGUUUCAAAACAACCAUAGUUAGCCAUCUAGAGUAUCAUCAGUUAAAACAUCCCGAGACCGCUUCUAAUUUCAAACUCAGCGUAUGCGUACAUUGCAGUGAACCAUUUAAAAGUGCAGCCGCCCUUGAUAAUCACAUAAUCAAAAAGCAUCCAGAAUUUAUCUGUACUAUCACUAGAAAAAUACACGAAUGUCAAAUAUGUCACUUUAAAACAAUAAAGUCCAGUGAUUUCACGUAUCAUCAGUUAAAACACUCGGAAACAGCUGGUAAUUAUAACUUUAAAAUAUGCGGUCACUGCCAUUCGAUGUUUAGAAGAAAAUCCGCACUGGAAAACCACAUCAUCAAGAAACAUAAACAUUUUAUUUCCUCUAUUACUAGCAAAAUCUACGAAUGUACACGGUGCUCGUUUAAAACGAUCAUGCUCAAUAAUUAUAAUAGACAUGUGUGGAUUCAUAGGUAACAACGAACAUGAAUAUGAAAUACUAUUUGAUACAAGUUCAAAUUUUAAAAUAGGGCAGUUAUUUGGACAAGGAGGAGCAUCCAAAAUUGUAGGAUGCCUUUAUUGGCCUUCUUGAUUUUCAUAGUUUUCUACUGUUCCGUGUCAUCUUUCUAUUUUGAGGUUAUGUCACAAAUAUCCUACGCUGACCUGAAACAGGUGACAUCUAGAAAUACCCUAGCCUUUUUGAAGGAGAGAAAAGACUAUCAAAAUCAAGAAGACGUCCUACAAUUAUUGCAGGAACGAUUGAUGAUAGGGCCUUAAAAUUUUUGCCAAACGGGAUUUGAAAAACCCGAAAUUUGCACAUUCCUAUGACACAUAGUUUGUUUUUAGUUGUAAACCAGCAACAGUUCAGGAGCCGACGUGAAAGUGUUGGUUGCAUCGUGUACUGAUAUGGAAUGUUGAAAACUAGUCAAAUCUUACGUAUUUUGAUGCUAAUCUGCAAACUUGGCAAUUUCAAAUAUCUUUACUACAAAACGGCAUCGGAAACAAAACGUCAAGAGUUUCGCAGUUUGUGUUUCAAUAUUAGGUCGAUGCAAUUAAUUAAGAUACUUUUGAGUUUUUAUACUAAUAACUAUAACUCGAGCUGUAAUAUGAAUAUUUUGAAUAAACUGGCAAAAACCAACA